AUGUCAAAUGAAAUAAGGUUAAACUCUUCCAAAUUAGGAACGAAAGAAUACUGGAAUAGUUUUUACAAGAAGGAGAUAGCAAACUUCCAAGAUAAUGAGGAGGAUACCGGAGAGUGUUGGUUUGAUGAUUCAGAUGCAGAACUGAAGAUGAUACAAUUCCUUAUUGAUAAAAUAAAUGGGGAAGAAUUACCGUUUGGAAAACAAGAAAAUAUCAAAAUAGUCGACUUAGGAACCGGUAAUGGUCACCUAUUAUUUCAAUUGCACGAGGACAUCCUAGAAGAAUGUGAUUACCAAGAUCAAAUAAAGUUUGAUUUUAUGGGAAUUGACUACUCUCCUGAUUCGGUAGAAUUUGCUACUAAAAUAGCUAAACAAAAAUAUCCUCAGGCUGCAUUUCAAUUCGAACAGGUGGAUUUAUUAACCAAGGAAAAUAAAUUUUUGUCUGCUAACACAUCUCAGUUUGAUAUUCUAUUAGACAAGGGCACACUAGAUGCCAUAGCACUCAACCAAGACCCCAUUUCAGAAUUAGGUGAUAAAAUCGGUAUGGAUGUCUAUGCGUCUCAGGUAUCGCAAUUGAUGCAUCAAAAUUCAGUUUUGUUGAUAACUUCUUGCAAUUUUACUGAAUCAGAAUUAAUAAAAAUUAUAACCCAAGAUAAGACUAAUAGCUUGUCAGUAUGGAAUAAAAUAGAUUAUCCUAGCUUCCAAUUCGGUGGUGUCAAAGGGUCUACUAUUUGCAGCAUCGCAUUCAUCAAAAAUUGA